AAUACGUUGGCUAAAGUUUUCAUGUGGAUAUCUUGUGUGUUGUUGUAGGGCGAGAAGCAUUAGUGGAGCAACGUUGUGGUAAACAAGACUAUGGUGGCGGCCAGACGCUAGUUUAUUGUGUGGGAAACAACAGGCAAACAAGAAAAUGGCACUGCCGCCAUAUCUUAUUCCAGGCAGCCCUUGGGCUUACAUGGCCCAGCAGCAGGCUCAACUUGCUGCUGCUCAGGCUCAGGCUCAUGCUCAGAUGCAUGCACAUUUUCAGGCUCAAGCCCAAGCACAUUCUCAGGCACAGGCAAUCCCUCGGCCACAAGCUGGACCUCCCCCAGUUGAAAAUGUUUCAUUGGAGAAAAUGCAGGAGAAAGCUCGCAGAUGGCAGCAGCUUCACAACAAGAAAUAUGCUGAGAAGAGAAAAUUUGGUUUUGUUGAUGUCCAGAAAGAAGAGAUGCCUCCUGAACACAUUCGCAAAAUCAUUCGUGAUCAUGGGGAUAUGUCAAGUCGAAAAUAUCGUCAUGACAAACGUGUAUAUUUGGGGGCACUCAAGUUCAUGCCUCAUGCUGUAUUGAAGCUGUUGGAAAACAUGCCAAUGCCUUGGGAACAGAUAAGAGAUGUCCAGGUUCUUUACCACAUUACUGGAGCCAUUACGUUUGUCAAUGAGAUUCCUUGGGUGAUUGAGCCAGUCUACAUCUCCCAGUGGUCUACUAUGUGGAUGAUGAUGCGACGAGAGAAGAGAGAUCGCCGGCAUUUCAAGAGGAUGAGGUUCCCUCCAUUUGAUGAUGAGGAGCCACCUCUAGAUUUUGCAGAUAAUGUUCUAGAUGUGGAGCCACUUGAAGCUAUUCAGAUGGAACUAGACCCUGAGGAAGAUGUUGAGGUUGCAGAUUGGUUUUAUGAGCACAAGCCUCUCAUAGAUACAAAACAUGUGAAUGGUCCUACAUACCGCAAGUGGCGUCUCACUCUCCCACAAAUGGCUACAUUGUAUCGGCUUGCAAAUCAGUUACUAACAGAUGUCUCUGAUAAUAAUUACUUCUACCUGUUUGAUUUGAAGUCUUUCUUCACAGCCAAGGCACUGAAUAUGGCUUUACCUGGAGGACCAAAGUUUGAACCAUUGAUUAAAGACAUGAACCCAGCAGAUGAGGACUGGAAUGAGUUCAAUGACAUCAACAAGAUCAUUGUACGCCACCAAGUGCGAACAGAGUACCGCAUUGCAUUUCCAUAUCUAUUCAAUAAUAUGCCUCAGUAUGUUCAUCUCAGCUGGUAUCACACACCAGUUGUUCUCUACAUUAAAACAGAGGACCCAGACCUUCCUGCCUUCUACUUUGAUCCUUUGAUUAACCCUAUCUCUCACCGCAAUACAGUCAAAGGAGAGGUUCUGUUACCUGAUGAUGAUGAGGACUUUGAGCUACCAGAAGAUGUAGAUGCUCUACUGAAGGAAUGGCAGCUAUAUGAUGAUGCUACUGCUAAUGGUAUAGCACUGUUAUGGGGUCCCCGGCCCUUCAACAUGCGUUCUGGUACUAUGAGAAGAGCUAUUGAUGUCCCUCUGGUUAAGAUGUGGUAUCGUGAACACUGUCCUCCAGGCCAACCAGUUAAGGUACGUGUGUCCUACCAGAAGCUGUUAAAAUACUAUGUGCUCAACGCUUUGAAGCACCGUCCACCCAAGGCUCAGAAGAGACGGUAUUUGUUCCGCUCCUUCAAGGCUACCAAGUUCUUCCAGACUACAACCUUAGAUUGGGUUGAAGUUGGUCUGCAAGUCUGCCGUCAGGGAUAUAACAUGCUCAAUCUCCUUAUUCAUCGUAAGAACCUUAAUUAUUUGCAUCUGGAUUACAAUUUCAACUUGAAACCUGUGAAAACACUGACAACCAAAGAGCGAAAGAAAUCAAGGUUUGGUAAUGCAUUCCAUUUGUGUCGUGAAAUUUUGAGAUUAACCAAAUUGGUGGUUGAUGCUCAUGUGCAGUACAGAUUGAAUAAUGUGGAUGCUUUCCAGCUUGCAGAUGGCCUUCAGUACAUUUUUGCCCAUGUUGGUCAGUUGACUGGCAUGUAUAGAUACAAAUACAAACUCAUGAGACAGAUAAGAAUGUGCAAAGAUCUCAAGCAUGUCAUUUACUACAGGUUCAACACAGGUCAAGUAGGGAAAGGUCCUGGUUGUGGCUUUUGGGCUCCAGGAUGGAGAGUAUGGCUUUUCUUCAUGAGAGGUAUUACCCCAUUAUUGGAGCGUUGGUUGGGCAACCUCCUCUCUCGUCAGUUUGAGGGCCGACAUAGUAAAGGUGUUGCCAAGACUGUGACCAAGCAGCGUGUGGAAUCUCAUUUUGAUCUUGAACUAAGAGCCUCUGUUAUGCAUGACAUUUUGGACAUGAUGCCUGAAGGUAUCAAGCAAAAUAAAGCUCGAACCAUUCUUCAGCACUUGUCUGAGGCAUGGCGAUGCUGGAAAGCCAACAUUCCAUGGAAAGUACCUGGCCUCCCAACACCCAUCGAGAAUAUGAUUCUUCGAUAUGUGAAGAUGAAGGCUGAUUGGUGGACCAACACUGCUCAUUACAACCGUGAGCGUAUUCGCCGUGGUGCAACUGUAGACAAAACAGUUUGCAAGAAGAACAUGGGUCGACUUACACGGUUAUACCUGAAGUCUGAGCAGGAACGACAACACAACUACCAGAAAGAUGGACCCUACAUCAGUCCAGAGGAAGCAGUGGCCAUUUACACUACUACUGUCCAUUGGUUAGAAUCUCGUCGCUUUGCUCCUAUCCCCUUUCCUCCUCUCUCUUACAAGCAUGACACAAAAUUACUCAUCCUGGCCUUAGAAAGAUUAAAAGAAGCUUACAGUGUGAAAUCACGUUUAAAUCAGUCUCAGCGAGAGGAAUUGGGUCUCAUUGAGCAAGCUUAUGACAACCCCCAUGAAGCUCUGUCUCGCAUAAAACGUCACUUGCUAACUCAAAGAGCUUUCAAGGAGGUAGGCAUUGAAUUCAUGGACCUUUACAGUCAUUUAAUUCCAGUAUAUGAUGUAGAGCCCCUUGAGAAGAUUACAGAUGCUUAUCUGGACCAGUACCUCUGGUAUGAAGCAGACAAACGACGUUUGUUCCCACCUUGGGUUAAGCCUGGAGACUCUGAACCACCACCUCUUCUAGUGUACAAGUGGUGUCAGGGUAUUAAUAACCUUACUGAUGUUUGGGAUACAGCUGAUGGAGAAUGUAAUGUAAUGCUUGAAUCAAAGUAUGAAAAAUUAUAUGAAAAGAUUGAUCUUACAUUGCUGAACAGAUUGCUGAGAUUGAUUGUGGACCAUAAUAUUGCUGAUUACAUGACAGCUAAGAAUAAUGUAGACAUCAACUACAAAGAUAUGAACCACACGAACCGUUAUGGCAUUAUCCGAGGUCUACAGUUUGCUUCAUUUAUUGUACAAUAUUAUGGUCUAGUAAUGGACUUGCUGGUUCUUGGUCUGAAACGUGCUGCAGACAUGUCUGGUCCUCCUCAAAUGCCCAAUGAUUUCUUGAACUUUCAGGAUGUUGCCACAGAAACACAGCAUCCAAUCAGACUGUAUUCUAGGUAUAUUGAUAGAAUACAUAUCUUCUUCCGCUUUUCAGCUGAGGAGGCAAAAGAUCUCAUUCAACGCUAUCUGACAGAGCAUCCUGAUCCAAAUAAUGAAAAUAUUGUGGGCUACAACAACAAAAAGUGUUGGCCAAGGGAUGCAAGAAUGAGACUUAUGAAACAUGAUGUCAACUUAGGGCGUGCUGUGUUCUGGGAUAUUAAAAACAGAUUACCUCGAUCUGUCACAACCAUCAACUGGGAGAAUUCAUUUGUGUCUGUAUAUUCUAAAGACAACCCUAACCUGUUAUUUAACAUGUCUGGAUUUGAGUGCCGUAUUCUGCCCAAGUGUCGAAUGACACAUGAAGAGUUCAAGCAUAGGGAUGGUGUGUGGAACCUGCAGAAUGAAGUAACUAAAGAGCGAACUUCACAGUGCUUCUUGCGAGUGGAUGAUGAAUCUAUGCAGAGGUUCCACAAUCGUGUCAGACAGAUUCUCAUGGCUUCUGGCUCUACAACAUUUACCAAGAUUGUUAACAAAUGGAACACAGCCCUGAUUGGGCUCAUGACAUAUUACAGAGAGUCUGUAGUUAACACACAAGAACUUUUAGACUUAUUGGUCAAGUGUGAAAAUAAGAUUCAAACACGUAUUAAGAUUGGUUUGAAUUCAAAGAUGCCCUCCAGAUUCCCUCCAGUAGUAUUUUAUACACCAAAAGAAUUGGGAGGUCUUGGUAUGUUGUCAAUGGGUCAUGUGCUUAUUCCACAAUCUGAUUUGAGAUGGAGUAAACAGACUGAUGUAGGAAUAACCCAUUUUAGAUCUGGCAUGAGCCAUGAUGAAGACCAACUUAUUCCUAACCUAUAUAGGUACAUUCAGCCUUGGGAAACAGAGUUCCUUGACUCUCAAAGAGUAUGGGCUGAAUAUGCCCUUAAGAGACAGGAGGCAACUGCACAAAAUAGACGUCUUACUCUGGAAGAUUUAGAAGAUUCUUGGGAUCGAGGCAUUCCAAGGAUAAAUACUCUCUUUCAGAAAGAUCGUCACACACUAGCUUACGACAAAGGUUGGAGAAUACGUACAGAAUUUAAGCAAUAUCAGGUGCUUAAACAAAAUCCCUUCUGGUGGACACAUCAGCGCCAUGAUGGCAAGUUAUGGAAUUUAAACAACUAUCGUACUGAUAUGAUCCAAGCAUUAGGUGGUGUAGAAGGUAUUUUAGAACACACACUUUUUAAAGGCACCUACUUUCCUACAUGGGAGGGUCUGUUUUGGGAAAAGGCAUCAGGAUUUGAAGAGAGUAUGAAAUACAAGAAGUUGACUAAUGCCCAGAGGUCUGGUCUUAACCAGAUUCCUAACCGUAGGUUCACUCUUUGGUGGUCACCAACCAUUAACAGAGCCAAUGUGUAUGUGGGCUUCCAGGUGCAACUUGAUCUGACUGGUAUUUUCAUGCAUGGCAAAAUUCCAACUCUCAAAAUUUCCCUCAUUCAGAUUUUCCGUGCCCAUCUUUGGCAAAAGAUCCAUGAAUCUGUGGUAAUGGAUCUCUGUCAGGUCUUUGAUCAAGAACUUGAUGCUCUGGAGAUUGAAACUGUACAAAAGGAGACUAUACAUCCUAGAAAAUCAUACAAGAUGAAUUCAUCUUGCGCAGACAUACUACUCUUUGCUGCAUACAAAUGGAACUACUCCAAGCCUUCACUAUUAGCAGAUUCAAAGGACACAAUGGAUGGCUCAACCACACAAAAGUACUGGAUUGAUGUUCAGCUCAGAUGGGGGGAUUAUGAUUCUCACGAUGUUGAGCGCUAUGCAAGGGCAAAGUUUUUGGACUACACUACUGAUAAUAUGUCUCUGUACCCAUCUCCUACAGGUGUGUUGAUAGCAAUUGAUCUAGCCUACAACUUACACAGUGCAUAUGGUAACUGGUUCCCAGGAGCUAAACCUUUGAUACAGCAAGCCAUGGCAAAGAUUAUGAAAGCUAAUCCAGCUCUGUAUGUGUUGCGUGAGCGCAUACGUAAGGGUCUCCAGCUGUACUCUUCUGAACCCACUGAACCAUACCUCUCUUCUCAGAAUUAUGGUGAAUUAUUCUCCAAUCAAAUUAUUUGGUUUGUGGAUGACACUAAUGUGUACAGAGUAACUAUUCACAAGACCUUUGAGGGCAAUCUUACAACAAAACCAAUCAAUGGAGCAAUUUUCAUCUUUAACCCUCGCACAGGUCAGCUCUUUUUGAAGAUCAUUCAUACAUCUGUAUGGGCGGGCCAGAAGCGUCUUGGCCAGCUGGCUAAAUGGAAAACAGCUGAAGAAGUUGCUGCUUUAAUCAGGUCUUUACCUGUUGAAGAACAGCCAAAGCAGAUCAUUGUAACUCGAAAGGGUAUGUUGGAUCCUCUUGAGGUGCAUUUGCUUGAUUUCCCCAAUAUUGUGAUCAAGGGUUCUGAGCUGCAACUGCCCUUCCAGGCUUGCCUUAAGGUGGAGAAAUUUGGAGAUCUUAUCCUGAAAGCUACAGAGCCACAGAUGGUUUUGUUUAAUCUUUAUGAUGAUUGGCUAAAGAAUAUUUCUUCUUACACAGCCUUCUCUCGUCUCAUUCUCAUAUUAAGAGCUCUUCAUGUCAAUAAUGAUCGUACGAAGGUUCUUCUGAAACCUGAUAAAACCACCAUCACAGAACCUCAUCAUAUCUGGCCCUCUCUUACAGAUGAAGACUGGGUUAAAGUUGAAGUACAGCUCAAGGAUCUUAUUCUUGCUGAUUAUGGCAAAAAGAACAAUGUAAAUGUAGCAUCCCUUACCCAAUCAGAGAUCAGAGAUAUUAUUCUAGGUAUGGAAAUCAGUGCACCAUCGGCACAAAGGCAGCAGAUUGCAGAAAUUGAAAAACAAACUAAAGAACAGUCUCAACUUACAGCCACAACCACCAGGACAGUCAAUAAGCAUGGUGAUGAGAUUAUAACUUCUACUACCAGUAAUUAUGAAACUGCAACUUUCAGUAGCAAAACAGAAUGGAGAGUAAGAGCAAUUUCUGCUACAAAUCUUCACCUGAGAACAAACUAUAUUUAUGUAUCAUCUGAUGACAUAAAGGAAACUGGUUUCACUUACAUCUUACCCAAAAAUGUGUUGAAGAAAUUCAUCAUCAUCUCAGAUCUUCGCACACAAAUAGCUGGCUAUCUGUAUGGUGUUAGUCCUCAAGACAAUCCUCAAGUAAAGGAAAUCCGGUGUAUUGUCAUGCCACCGCAGUGGGGAACUCAUCAAAUGGUUCACUUACCACACAAACUACCUACUCAUGAAUUUUUGAAUGAGCUAGAGCCUCUUGGAUGGAUUCAUACUCAGCCUAAUGAACUGCCACAGCUCUCUCCCCAUGAUAUUACUACUCAUGCCACUGUCAUGGCUGACAACAGUUCAUGGACUACAGACCGUACAAUAGUUAUCACAUGUUCAUUUACUCCAGGGUCUUGUUCAUUGCAGGCAUACAAACUCACACCAUCUGGUUUUGAAUGGGGCCGUAAUAACAAAGACAUGGGUAACAAUCCGAAAGGUUAUUUACCAUCCCAUUAUGAGAAAGUUCAAAUGCUUCUGUCUGAUCGUUUCCUUGGUCUUUUCAUGACGCCCUUGCAAGCUUCUUGGAACUAUAAUUUCAUGGGAGUACGUCAUGAUCCCAACAUGAAGUAUGAUUUGCAAUUAGCUAGUCCUAAAGAAUUUUACCAUGAGGUUCAUCGUCCAGCUCACUUCCUCAACUUCUCAUCUCUGGACGAAGCAGAUACUGCUGGGGCAGACAGAGAUAACUCUCUAGAGUAAAUAGAAAUAGAUAUUGUUGAUAGUAUACUUAUCUGAAUAAUCUAUGCUCUUUUAAGGUUCAUAUUAUAUUGGGAAGAAAUUAGUAAAUGGUAUAAUAUAUUGACAAUUUUUUAAUGAAUUAGUUCAUAAUACUAUAACAUGAAUUCAGUAUAUGUAAUGAUUUUAACGUUGAAUUUUGGAGUGACAUCUGAACUGUCGUAUCAGUGCACCUCUGCAAAGAGAGUGAUUGUGUGAAUGAUGGCGAGUGGUUUUUUUUUUUUUUUUUUUUUUUUUUUUUUUUUUGUCACCCUGCCAUGGUGGGAGACACCAGCGUGUUGAAAAAAAAGACAGUUGAUUGAGUGAAUGUUAAUGUGUUUUUUUCUCUGGGCCACCCUGUCUUGUCAGGUGACAGCCAUUGAGUUAAAAAAAAAAAAAAACAUAUUUUCAUUUGGUUAGAUGGUAAACAAUAUCACUAAUGUCAGUUGUAAAAAAUAUUGUUUCUGUACUGAAUAACUCGCAUGAUUUCAGCAUUUUUUGUGAAUAUAAUAAUGCAGACUAUUUUCUGUGGAAAACAAAGUUUAUACCAUUACAAACAAAUUUAUUUUAGGUGCACCACUAUAUAUAUAUAUAUACACACACACACACACAUGUAUGUAUAAAUAUAUGUAUAUUAUUAAAUAAAAGUAUUAAAUUUGAA